GGCAGACGACUCAAAGAGACGACUGCACACGAAGCAACCAUCUCAUGGCGAGUUCCGGCGAGUAAACGGUGUGGACAAGAAGAUCUGUCUACCACGAUGAACAGAGUCAGGCUCAUUCAGGAGGCCAUGAAGUAAACGCGAGAAACAAAUCAAGAUGGAGAAGCAAAUCCCAGCCGUGUUCGCGCCCAACGCCAAGCUGUCCAAGAAUGCGUUCGUCAGUAGCAUGGCGCAGUACGAGGAGAUGUACAAGAAGUCCAUCGACAACCCCGAGGAAUUCUGGCUGCCCGUAUACAAGCAGUUCCACUGGGAGACGAGUUACACGCCCGGCAAGUUCCUGGACUACAACUUCGACAUGGGCAAGGGCCCCGUGCAGAUCAAGUGGCUGGACGGCGCCACCACCAACAUCUGCUAUAACCUUUUGGACCGCAACGUUCGCUGCGGAAACGGCGAUAAAAUAGCGUAUUACUGGUGAGUAGACGCCCUUUGUUUUACUCUAGGGUUUUGCUGUGGGACCA